AUGCGACCUAAUUGUUGCCAUUUUUCGUUAGCUUUCGUUCUCAAAUUUCUGAAUUUCCUUCAAGCAUUUGUUGGAGUUUCGAUUCUUCUCUAUUCCAUAUGGAUGCUCAAUCAAUGGGAUCAUUACUCUCCUCAACCACCAUUUCCCCAAUUUUCAAUUUCCCUUCCUCGUUCCCUUUCGCCUCAUUUCGUUUCUGAUAUCAACCUUCCCGCUCCUUGGUUCAUGUAUGCUUUCAUGGGUGUGGGAAUAUUGGUGUGCUGCAUUUCGUUCUUUGGCUGUGUUGCAGCUGAGAUUAUUAAUGGUUGCUGCCUGUGUUUUUACACUCUACUCAUCACCGUGCUUGUUCUACUUGAGGCUGCUUUAGUGGGAUUCAUUGCAAUUGAUCAUCAAUGGCAAGAGGAUCUUCCGUUUGAGCCAACCGGUCAACUUGAGAGCCUUCGAUCUUUCAUUGAAGAUAAUCAAGAGAUAUGUAGAUGGGUUGGCAUUGCUGUUCUUGUAGUUCAGGCAUUAUCUCUACUUAUAGCAUUAAUUUUGCGAGCCUCAGUUUCUACUCGAAGAGAAGAUUUUGAUGAUGAGGACGAAUAUGAUGUUAGGGGUAGAAGUAGGGAGCCCCUACUAAAUCCUCAGUCUGGCCAAACUUCGGGGGGAAACCACUCUGAUAUUUGGAGCUCACGGAUGAGAGAGAAGUAUGGAUUAAACAAUGGCGACAAGAACAGCUAUGAAGCGUGA